AUGGUGGAGGGCCCGGGCUGUGCCCUCUGCGGGGAGCGCCUGCGGGCGCGGCUGCGGCGGGGCCAGGCCGUGCGGAGAACGCGGGGCGGCGCCACUGCUGCAAGUGAGGAGAGAAUCUCUGGUCACGAUUUCCUUGUUGGACACAUUUACAGGGGUGUGGAGACACUGGGAAAGGAACUUUUUAUGUAUUUUGAUCAGAAAGCUUUGAGGAUUCACUUCGGUAUGAACGGUUCCAUGUGCAUUAACCCUGAUGGAAGCAAAGACAGAAAUGGAGUACUUCCAGUUUUGGAGAUACAGCUUACAGAGGAUACUGUUUUGUUUUUUGAUGUGACAGUAGAGUAUAGAAAUGCAACCGAGUGUGAGCAGAAAGUGAGAAUGAUGGAAAGCUUGGAUGUCUGUUCUCCAAAGUUUAGCUUUUCAAGAGCAGAAAGUGAGAUUAAGCAGCACAAAACCCGCAUGUUGUGUGAUGUGUUACUGGAUCAAGCAGUAUUACCUGGAGUGGGAAAUAUCAUAAAAAAUGAAGCACUGUUUGAUAGUGGUCUUCAUCCAGCUGUUAAGGUUUGCCAACUGACAGAUGAGCAUAUACGUCACUUGGUGAAAAUGACACGUGAUUUUACCCUGCUUUUCUAUAAGUGCCGCAAAACCGGGUCCCCCCUCUACAAACACUACAGAGUGUAUAAGCGCCCAGCCUGUGGUCAGUGCAGUGGGAACAUCACUGUGUGUCGUUUAGGAGAGAACAACAGGAUGACUUACUUCUGCUCCCAGUGUCAAAAGGCGGAUCCCCAGCUUGUCAAUCCUAGCAAACUGCCAACUAGAAAUAGCCUAAUUGGCUGGGCAUAUGGCAGGGGGUCAUGUUCUAAUGAACAUGUAGCUCAGAAAUCUGAAGAGGAGUGGACGUGUAUGCGCUGUACCCUAAUAAACAAGCCUUCUGCUGAGAUCUGUGAUGCCUGUUUGACUUCAAGGCCUGAAGUUCCAAAGAUGGAGAAUGUUGAAGAUUCUGCAGCCUUUAACAUAAACUUAAUGAAGUACCCUUGUAAUGAGUUCAGAAAACCAAGCACAGAAAUAAAGAUCAAUAGGAGAACUGCAUUUGGAACUACAACCCUUGUCUUAACAGAUCUUGGUAACAAAGCUGUUUUGAGAAAUGAUACCCAAAUAUCUGAUGGGCACUCUCAGUCUGUUGCUCCAAAAAGCAACUGUAAACAGAUCCAAAGCAAUGCCUGCCAGUCAGAGGGAAGCACAGGCAAGAACUGCUCAACACACGUAACUGCUAUGGCUUUGUCCUCCUGUCAGCAACCUGUCCCUUUCCAACACAUACAGAAGAAACAGAAGAUUGAUCAUAUACCCUCAGUUCACCAAUACAAUAUAGCAGUCAGGGCCCUGUUCAGACACAUUAAUUGCCUAGUUAAGAGAAAUGUGAGAAUCUAUGAGGGUUGUCAAGGAAAAGUUGGGCAGACAUACACAGCAAUAAUGGGAGUGCAAGGUAGAUGUCACUUACAGUGUGCACCUCAAGCUAAUGUGACAGGUGAUACUCGUACAUUAAGCACGGGCCAUCCUCGCUGUAGCAAACACAGCCGUCUCUGCAGCCUCAGAGUGGUGAGAAAGGAUGGAGAAAACAAGGGCAGGCAGUUUUAUUCCUGCCCUCUACCCAGGGAAACUCGGUGUGACUACUUUCAAUGGGCCGACUUGGAUUUUCCAUUUUGUAAUCAUGGUAAGCGAUGUGUUAUGAAGACUGUGUUGAAGAUUGGUCCCAAUAACGGAAAGAACUUUUUUGUGUGCCCUCUCGGGAAGGAAAAACAGUGUGGCUUCUUCCAAUGGGCAAAAAAUGGGCCAGGUGUGCAGAUUCUUCCUUGAUGCUGAUGUUAUAGUUAUCUGCUCCUCAGGAUGUCUUAAGUGCAUACAACUUUUGUAAUAAUUUCUGUUUUGUUUUGACUUUUUCUCUGUUCACUGGUUAAUAAGUAAAAUAGCUCCAAUAUAAAGAACAGCAGAUCUGGAAAGAGUAAUUUUACAUAGUCCUAUAAAAAUUUAACACUGCUUGUAUGCCGCCUACAAUUUUGAAAUGAACAUUUAGUGUGCAAUAUAUUGUGACAUAUUGUUGUUUUUCUAAUAAAAAAAUGUAACUGUUUUCUUCUUUCAUGUAGUGUGGACUACUAAAUUGGUAGACUUUAUCAUAAGUGUAAACAUGUAUUUAAUAAAAGUGAAUAAAAAGAUUAUAUAUAUAUAUAAUUAAUACCACUUCAUGCUUUAUUUAAUCAGAGAUUAAAAUGAAUCAGCAAUGGACUGUACACUUCAAAUGUUACAACAGUUAAUUGUCUGACCUUGCUUAGAUUUGGAAAACAAAGACAAAAACCUACCUUAAAAUGAAGAACAUGACUUCUGUUUUCUAAAUUACAUAUUCUAAAUUCAGGUCUGAAUGUUUUAUUGCUACUGAACAUUUUUGCUCCCACAUCCAUGUGUAAUGAAUAAUAAAAUAUGUCUGAGGUGGUUAAAACUCA